UAUUACAUGCCUAAAAGUUAAUAAUAAAUAAUACUAAUAAAAAAAUUAGGAAAGUAUUCGACGAAGUAGGAAAAACGCGUCGGAAACGGCAUUGAAUGGACGGACUAUGGCAAUCCAGUCGUUCUUCGGCGGUCUCAGACGCUUCAAGCAUCAAUUGGAAGCGACAAGUCGUCUGCCGAGGCCCAUGUGCUCGCACCGACCGUCAAUUGGUGCGUGCGGUGAACCAUCGGUCAAGACCAAGGACGACCUUAAGACCAAGAUAUUGAGGCUCAAAUAUCCCAGACGCAAUGCCACUACCGUGAUUCAGAAUUGGGUCGACCAAGGAUAUAAAGUUUCAUUUCCCGAGCUACGUCGCAUUGCCCGCCAACUGUUUGAGAUUAAGCGCCAUAACCACGCUCUGGAGAUAUUGAAAUGGAUGGAGACCCAAAGCAGUUUCCGAAUGUUGCCGGCCGACUAUAACAUUAGGCUGGCGUUGACCAUCGAAGUCAAUGGGUUGACGGAGGCUGAAGAGUAUUUUAUGAUGCAUUUGCCAAAUACGGCGUCGCGGAAAGCUGCAUUUCUUCCUCUUCUUCGCGGGUAUGUUAAGGAAAGAAACACUGAAAAAGCUGAGGCGCUAAUGGUGAGGCUGAGUGGGAUGGGGCUGAUUGUGAAUCCUCAUCCUUGUAAUGAGAUGAUGAAGUUGUACAUGGCCACUUCUCAGUUUGAGAAAGUAGGCCUCGUUAUACAGCAAAUGAAGAGAAACAGAAUACCCCUUAAUGUCCUUUCCUACAAUCUUUGGAUGAGUGCCUGUGGGCAGUUAUCUGGGGUCGCCUCCAUGGAAAUGGUUUACAAAGAAAUGGUGAGGGAUGAUAAUGCUGUGGUGGGAUGGAGUACACUUUCAACUUUAGCAAAUGUUUAUAUAAAAGCGGGGCUUUUUGAAAAAGCUAGUUUGGCACUAAGAAGCGCUGAGAAGAAGCUUUCAAAUUGUAACCGCCUUGGUUAUUUCUUUCUUAUUACUCUUUAUGCUUCUUUAAACAACAAGGAGGAAGUUCUUCGACUUUGGAAAGCCAGCAAAGCUGUGGGUGGGAGAAUCACUUGUGCUAAUUACAUGUGUAUACUCUCAUGCUUGGUGAAGCUUGGUGAUAUUGGGGAAGCUGAGAGAAUUUUUUCAGAAUGGGAAUCCGGUUGUGGUAAGUAUGAUGUUAGAGUGUCGAAUGUUCUUCUGGGCGCUUACAUGAGGAAUGGAAUGAUAGACAAAGCUGAGUCAUUACAUCUUCACACAUUGGAGAGAGGUGGGUGUCCAAAUUACAAGACAUGGGAAAUCCUCAUGGAGGGAUGGGUGGAAAGCCAAAACAUGGACAAAGCCAUCAAUGCCAUGAAGAAAGGGUUUUCUAUGUUAAAACACUGUGAUUGGAGACCAUCACAUGGUAUUGUAAUGUCCAUUGCUGACUACUUUGAGAAGCGAGGAAAUGUUAAGGAUGCAUUUCGGUAUGUUAAAACCAUCCAUGAUUUGGGUUUUGCAAGUUUGCCAUUGUACAAAUUGUUGCUCAGAAUGCUUCUUUCCGACCAGAGACCGGCUUCUGGCAUCCUCAAAAUGAUAGAGGAGGAUAAAGUUGAAAUGGACGAUGAGACGCGUGCCCUUAUCCAGGCCUUCAAUGUUUAAACAAAGUUGGUGAGGAAAUGCUAAGUUUUAAUGCCUUCCUUGUGGAGACUUUGGGUGGAAUACAUCAAGUCUUUCUUGUUUAUUUGUCAAUAUUAUCAUAAGGGGACGAAAUGACAUAAAAUACAUAAUAGCUUAUGCAAUACAUCAAAGAGUGCACUUGUUUCAGGAAGUUGGUUGCAUGUCAUUUCAACUGAGAUGAAAGCUUGAUCCUGAAGUUAUUCUUAUUUGAAUGGAAACAAUUAUGUGCAACAAAUUUGAGCAGAUUAUAUAAGAUGGCCGUUCCAUUAGUCA